GUCGGCCACCGAAAUCUUGACUCGGAAAGGUUAUUAACAUCCAACUAACCAAACUGUGAUAGCGAAGCCCUCAUUCUGGCACGGCCUAUAGGGAUGUGCGCGGGUUACCGAACUUGUCCCAAUAAAGAUAUGAAUUUUAAGAAAUAUUCUAAACCACAAGCAAAUGGUAGCCAGCUAUACUCCUCAUUGCAAUUGGUCAGUUUUGAUACUAUCUCAGGCCACCGGUGAAUCUGCCUGGAGAUUUAUACACACUCGACCCUUCGACUAUGGAAAUGUUGUUUAUCAUUUUUCGGUUCAUCACACCUGAAGAUCGCGAGGCGGUUAAUUAGGCAAGAAUGAGCCGUAGGGUAUGGUCACCAUUUCAAACGACAACAAGGAAGAUUGAGACGUGAAAAAUACUGUGAUCACGGACCGCUUCAGUCAGGAGAACAUUAGAAUAUAACCGGCCUCUGUGUGUGGUUCAGUGGGAGACAUGACAGACUCUGGACAUCGGAGUAAGCGGUCAGGACGUAUUUCCAUGACAACGAUGACGUUGUUUACGGGAGUGGUGGUUCUGCUGAUCCUGCUCCAGCCGGCUGCAGCAGUGCCUCCGGAGCGGUCCCUUCUGGCCGUGAAGGAAGGCACUGAGAAAGGACCAGAAGAGAUUAGAGACACCGCAGGUGAAGCUCAAGGGGAUGUAGGGCAUGUUCGCGAGGUGCGUUCCUCUCCGCAAGGUCCGAUAAUUUCCGCCGGCCUUGAUGAUGAGGGGAUGGUUUCCGCUGUGGUUUCCGCCGGUCUUGAUGAUGAGGGGAUGGUUUCCGCUGUGGUUUCCGCCGGUCUUGAUGAUGAGGGGAUGGUUUCCGCUGUGGUUUCCGCCGGUCUUGAUGAUGAGGGGAUGGUGUAUCUAGAUUAUGUGGUGUCGUUAUCAGCCAUUAUGCCUAGCUGCCUUUGUGUGAGAUACUGCCGGAGAAGGCGCUGCCGUGGAAGGCGGGCCAGGCGUCGCUGCCGUGUGAGGCAUUACUGCUGCAGGCACCAUUGUCGCUUUGGGACGUUCUAACUGCAACUACAAAGUCUGGUCGAAGAUUUCCACGAAUUGGUCGCAAACUUCCUCCGUGUGUUUGAGGGACAGGUAAAGUUUGGUGCCCAUGGGGUUGAGGAAGACGCCUCGCUUGAAGAGCCCCACCAUCAUGGCGCGCCUCCUAGCGGUAUUCUCCUGAAG